AUGGUUACUGGCUCUGUCUCCGAAAUAGGCAAGGCAAUAGCAAUACUCUACGCUAAGAAAGGAGCAGAUGUAGUUACAGUAAGAUUAACUGAAGAAAAAGCCAUUAAAACAAGAGAAAUUUUAAAUCAAUAUGGAAACAGAGUGCUUGUGAUCAAAACCGAUGUUUCAAAGGAUGAGGAAACGCAGAAUGCAAUAGAAAAGAUGAUCGUUGAAUUUGGAAAACUCGACAUUGUGUGUGACAUGUAUCCAGUAUCUUAA